GGAUCGAGCGAAAUACAUGUCACGAGCUCCGCCAGCAUUUUCCUAGUCAGUAUCUAUGUUUCUACUUUGAGUUGAGCUCGAUCGAGCCAAGGGGACGGGCCCUGUUGACGUUGAACGGUAGUUUGAAACAACCUCUGUCGCUCACCGCCGCACACACGAGUGCACGAAACUAUAAAUACAAGGGGCCCAUAGACCCGCAAAUAUACGUCAUACUAUUUUAUUCCAACAAGUCCUUGCUUCCGAAGCACAACCUGGGUAAAUGGACCUCGACACAGAACGCGCGGCGCGCUUGAGGGCAAACAGUGCGAAGCUCGCAGAGCUGGGCUUAUUUUCUGCCAAGGAGCAGGCAGUCAAAGCAGCCCUGGCGGUGCCGGCCCGCCCACGCGCAGCCCCGCGACCGGCGAAGCAGAAGGCCCCGCCUACUGAGGUCCGGCGAAGCACCCGCGAGCGAGCGCAGGUGUCGUACAACGAGGAAGAGGCGUUCAAGGAGCUUAUGCCCUCUCGCCGGGCCGGGGCUGGAGGAAGCGGGGCGCGGUCGACCCGGGAUAUCAACCACCUGCAACUCACGGAGGAGCAGGUCGAGGCAUUGAGGGCAAAGCGCGCACGGUCACCCCGCGCCGCGGGCUCAGAGGAGGGUAGUGAGGAGGGCGACGAGGACGAGGAGGGCCGCCCCAGCAAGCGCCGGGGCCCUCGCGGCCCACGUGACUCAGGCAAGGGCGUCCGCAAGCAGGGCGGCAAGCUGUACGACAGCGCCACUGGAGUGACAUGCCACUGGUGCCGUCAGAAGACCGUGGACCGCAAGGUCACAUGCACUCACCCCGCCUGCGGCAGGACGCGCAUGCCGUACAGCUUCUGUGAGCGGUGCCUGUGGAACCGGCACGGCGAGGACGUGGUGGCGGCGGAGGCGAGCGGCUCGUGGGUGUGCCCCCCGUGCCGUGGCAGCUGCGGCCGCGGAUGUGUCGUCUGCUGCAAUUGCGGGCCCUGCCGGACGAAGAUGGACCUGCCGCCCACGGGCCAGGUCAAGAAGCACGUUAAGGAGCUGGGCUACACCAAUGCGCACGACUGGCUGGUCGGCAAGAUCACCAGCGAGGACCAGACGGAGCUGACGGACCGCAAGCUGCGCAUGCCCUGGGCGGAGUGGAUGACGCAGCCGCAGCAGAAGGCCAGCGGGAAGCAGCAGCAGGAGGAAGAGGACGAAGAGGAGCGGGACGACGAGGACGAAGAGGAGCAGCAGGAGGAGGAGGAGCCCGAGGAUAAGGAGCAGGAGGUGGCGCUUAAGCAGGCCGCAAAGCCCAGGGCCGCUGGCAAGGCGGCAGAGGGCGCCGCAAAGCGGCGGCGUCACGCCGCGGCGAUGGCGGCUGUGGCGGCUGCCAUUGGGGAGCUGGACAGCAGCGACGAGGGCAAGCAGGAAGAGCAGAUGGAGCUGGAGGGCGAAGAGGAGCGCGAGCAGGAGGAGGAGCAGGAGCAAACUGGCCAGUCGAAGUCGCAGCCGGGUCGCACCGAGCGCGGCGGCGGGAAGACGGCAGGCGUGGAGAAGGCCACCGUGCCCAGCGGCAAGGCCAAGCCGGCCGCGGCACGUGGUCGCGGCCGCCGUGCUGUGGAGGCGUGAGCGUGUUGCCAUUUAAGGACUGGCCGGCGCUUUUGAGUUUGGACCUAGUCCGGCGGCGGUACCUUGAACCCUUGUGCACGGAGCACUCCUGGUAAUUUAUUAGUGGGACAGACCGUUCACAAGUUGACCUACGUAGCGCAUACCGUAUGUAGGGGAGACGAUGCACCGUACAUAGCACAGGAAAUUGACUCCAGAACCGUGCGUGGGAGUAGAGGCUUCGUACAGGUACCAUUGGCGUGCAGCGGCGGUACGAGGUGUUGGGCAAGUCCCA